CUAAAACGAACACUAGGUCGGAGAUGGUCUUGUGUAACAAUCAACUCGAACUCCAGCCUCCAGGUCUUUUGGUUUCUGUAGUCCUGAGCGGCAUAUACCACCGUGGACUCUUGUGAGGAGGCGGCAACCAGCUGGGCAAAGCGGAGCCCUUUUUAGGGUUUAGGCGCCACGGAGAAUGGGGGUUAGAUGCAAGUUUUGGUUGCUCAAAAAGAAGAGAUUUUGUGCGAUUCCCCCGCUCCCCAAUACCGAGUUCUGCGGCAACCACUCUGCAAGGUCGGAUGACAGGUGGAUUCAGUGCUCAAUAGACCCCUCCCACUCUGUACUGGAAUCCAACCUUGAGAAUCACCUUAGACGGUGUCCAUUGCUCAAACAUAAGAACUCACUGUCCCUCCAACCUUUCUACCAAAAGGGCAUUAACGGAGGCGAUGAAGAAGAUGAAGACUCUGUUCACGCUUCCAUAUGCAAGGACAUUCAAGACUCUUACAACAUGCCGGAAGUUUGCAGGAAUUGGAUUAACCGCGCAAAUGACUGUUUCAGGAAAAUCCCAUUUCAAGAAAAGCAUGUUAUCCAGCAGGCGUCAAUUCUUGGAAACUUGGAAAAACUCGGAGCAUUCAAGUCUUGUUCUAGUGUUGGGGAACAGCUUCAUUCUCCUGCGGUGGUUGAGUUUGGAGCUGGAAGGGGUUACUUGACACAAAUGCUAGCAGACUGUUAUGGGGUCUCAAAAGUCUUCUUGAUUGAGCGCAAGUCAUAUAAACUUAAGGCGGAUCGAAGCUUGCGACAAAAAGAGAGCUUGAUGCUAGAGCGGUUGAGAAUAGACAUUGAGGACUUGAAUCUGAAUGCAAUCGGGUCAUUACAAGGAGUUCCUUAUUUGGCAAUUGGAAAACAUCUGUGUGGGCCUGCAACUGAUAUGACCUUAAGAUGUUGUGUUGGGGAAAAUGACAGCACAUCUUACCUGAGAGGACUUUCAAUUGCAACAUGUUGCCACCAUCUGUGUCAAUGGAAGCAUUAUAUCAAUAAAAGUUUUUUCUUAAGUCAAGGGAUGAGCAAAGACGAGUUCCAUGCAGUUACAUGGUUUACCAGCUGGGCCGUAGAUUCAGCAGACCAUGAAGAAUUGGAUACAAAGAUCAGGGAAAAUGAAAAGGUUUUAGCAGGAGAAGGUGAUGAUGAUGAUGAUUUGUUGAGAAAUAUGUGUGCAAGAGAUCGGGCUGUGCUAGGGUUCAUGUGCAAAGAUAUAAUUGAUGCAGGGAGGUUGAUGUGGAUAAGGGAACAUGGACUAGAAAAAUCUGAGCUUGUCAAAUAUGUUCCAUCUAACAUCUCUCCUGAAAACCGUUUGCUGAUUGCAAGCUAUUGAAAUUUUGUUUGUAGGAAUAAUUAUUAUUAUGCUCUUUCCGAUUCCGAUGCUUGUUCAAGUGGUUUUGUGGCUUUGUGCUACAUAAAUUGCUAUGUGUUUGUUGGUCUUUUUAGUGAUUUUUCCAUGUGUCAGGUCCCGGAUGUGAUUGAACCACAAGUCAAAGUUGAGGUGAUGCCAUUUGAUUGUAAGAAGUUUAGGGUUUUUUGCUUCUUAUAAGAAUAAAGAGAAUUCUUGCUGAAAAA